AACCACAACUUUACUAUAUAUAUAUAUUUUUAGAGUACACAUAUAAUUACUAUGUUGAACACUUUUAUCCAAAAACAAAAUAAUUUAUAAUAAUUUGGUUUUAAAUAAAACUAAAAAAAGUCCUGACAGGUAAACAGAUGAAAGCACCGUUAGGUUUUGACAUUAGGAAACAUCUAGUGUUGGCCUCCACAUGGCUCUCUCUCCUCGUCUCUAACUCUAACACGUAAACAAAAAAAUAAAAACAAAAACAUAAAUUUAAAAAAAUAUUCAAAUAAAUCCAAAUUACCAAAACACCCCCGGUCCCAUCCUAGCCGUUACAACCCUUGCACCUUUUCGGUUUUUCUUCCACCGCCUUCUACCCUUUCGAACGCGAAUAAGGGCAAAUUCGUAAUUUCGCAUCAACUCCUCUUUCGUUCAUUGUCUCUCUACUGUAGCGAGGGUACUAGUUUUUUUUUCCAACUCUUUUCACAGUGAACCCUCCAUAAAACUCGAAACCGUUUCCCUCUCUCUCUCGCUGUAAUUUUUUUUUCUUUUCAAUUUUUUGAUUUGGUUUCUCCUCUGGUUGAGUUGAAUUUAGGGUUUGUUUUGUUUGGGAAGUCGAUCAUGGCUUCUUCUUCCUCUGAUCCUGGUUUAAAGCCAGAAUCUAGUUGCGGCGGCGGUGGCGGCGGUGGAGGAGGAGAGACUUCGGAGGCUGUGAUUGCGAAUGAUCAGCUUUUGUUGUACAGAGGGCUGAAGAAAGCCAAGAAAGAGAGGGGUUGUACUGCCAAAGAGAGAAUCAGUAAAAUGCCUCCGUGUGCUGCUGGAAAGCGGAGCUCCAUUUACCGUGGAGUUACCAGACAUAGAUGGACGGGUCGUUAUGAAGCUCAUCUUUGGGAUAAAAGUACCUGGAACCAGAACCAGAAUAAGAAGGGAAAGCAAGUAUACUUGGGGGCGUAUGAUGACGAGGAGGCUGCUGCACGAGCAUAUGAUCUUGCUGCCUUAAAAUAUUGGGGUCCUGGCACUCUAAUUAACUUUCCAGUCACAGAUUACACAAGGGAUCUUGAAGAAAUGCAAAAUGUUUCACGAGAGGAAUACCUUGCUUCUCUUCGAAGAAAAAGUAGCGGUUUCUCAAGAGGAAUCUCUAAAUACCGUGGGCUUUCAAGUCGCUGGGAACCAUCAUUUGGUCGUAUGGCUGGAUCUGAGUACCUUAAUAGCAUACAUUAUGGUGAUGAUCUAGCAACAGAUAGUGAAUUUGUAGGUAGUUUAUGCUUUGAAAGAAAGAUAGAUUUCACAAAUUACAUCAAGUGGUGGGGUCCAAACAAAAAUCGUCAAGGAGAAAGCAGUGUUAAAUCAUCUGAAGAUGCUAAAUUUGGUUGUGCUGGAGAUAUUGGAGGUGAGCUUAAAACAUUGGAAUGGGCAGUCCAGCCUACAGAACCAUACCAGAUGCCUCGUUUAGGGGUGUCUCCUGAAGUAAAACAGCAUAAAAGUUCAAAAGUAUCUGCCUUGAGCAUCUUAUCGCGGUCAGCAGCCUAUAAGAGUUUGCAAGAGAAAGCAUCAAAAAAACAAGAAAGCAAUGCAGAUAACGAUGAGAACAAAAACAAAAAUACUAUGAACAAAAUGGACUAUGGCAAAGCGGUUGAGAAAUCUACUAAUCAUGAUGGGGCAAGUGACAGAUAUGCAGCUGCAUUAGGAAUGAGUGGAGGAUUGUCUCUGCAGAGAAAUAUGAAUAUGUUCCCAUUGUCUCCUCUUUUGUCUGCGCCACUGAUGACCAAUUACAACACCAUCGAUCCAUUAGUAGACCCCAUCAUUUGGACAUCGCUUGCCCCUGUUCUUCCAGGUGGACUUUCUCGUACAUCUGAGGUUACUAAGACUGAGACCAGUUCAUCGUUCUCUUUAUACGGGCCAGGGGAAUAAUGAUGGCAGAGUCAUUUUUGCUCUGAAAGUUGGCAAAACAGUGAUAUUUGCUCACUUUUUCACUCAAGGUUUUACAGUUUAUGCAUCACUAUGCAGCAAACGGCGGCUGAAGCGGAUGGAGAAUUCGCAUUCCUACUUGAUUUGCAGGUUCGUUUUUACUUGAAUAUAUAGUUCAUCAUAGAAGAAGGAAAUAGUUUUGUAUCUUUGUGUUUUAAAUUAUAAUGUACAAGUUUUACUGAAUCAUGUUGUAUUUAGCUGAUAUCCCUCGUUUUUUGUACAUCAAGUUCGUGAACUUAUAAGUUUUUUUUGUUAAAUAGUUCACACAACCAAGAGAAUGCACCAUGCUUAUACAGAGAUCAUGUCCUUGAUAAUUAUGCCUUUAUUUUUCCAAUAUUUGAGCACUCGAUAUGAUUUUACUA